AUGGCUGGAGGCUACGACCGCGCGAUCACCGUUUUCUCCCCGGACGGGCACCUCUUCCAGGUGGAAUACGCCCUGGAGGCUAAGCCCGCUGCGGCGGAGAGCACUAGUGAGCCGACGUCCCCCAGCAGCCCUGACUCACCAGAUGCGCCGGCAGACUCCAGUGCCGCGCCACGAGUCCGCCACCUCCGGUUCCUGUCAACCGGCCGAGAAGCAGAUCCCCGGCUCCAGUGGGUCCUGCGACUACGACAGCUCCGCCGACAACCGCCGAGGCCUCGCCGGCCCCACCGCUGCCAUGGGCUACCCCUGCAGGAGCCAUGGCUCCCCUACCAGCAGCUGUGCCAACGAAUCCGCCAGGCCCACUUACGACUAACAGUCCCCCGAGCGGACCGCCACUGCCUACACCAGCGACGAGCUAUGGAGCCAGACCACCUGCGGGAGGAUGCGGACCUGUCAGCCCUGGCCCCUCUAACCCGGGACCCAGACCUCCGUCUCGACCGAUCCGAGCAGCUGUUCCACUUCGGCAAGGUGGAGGAGGAGGAGGUCCUCUUCUGCUUCGACCCGCGGCGGGACAUCUGUACGCAGGCCUCCUCGAGCACCUGCCCUGUCUCUGCGGCUGCCGGUCAUCGCUCCUGCGGGGUGGACUCCGAGGAGCCGGCAGUCGUCAUCAUCAACAAGCAUCCGGCAUGCAGGAAUCAUUUCCUGCUCGUUCCCGCUGUGAAAGAGCGGCGGCCGCAGGAGCUGACGCAAGACGCGCUGGCUUUGGGCCUGGCAUUUGCCUUCCAGAGCUCACAAAGGCUGUGGCUAUCUUUCAACUCUAUCGGUGCCGGGGCUUCUGUCAAUCACCUGCACCUGCAGGGCUUCUGCGCGGGAGCCUGCGACGGCAGCUGGUCCUUCCCCUUCGAGGCUCACCUGCGCUCCCAGGGGCUCCUAGCAGCUGCCGAACCCCGGGGACCGAUCUCCUUGUCCCGCACGCGCGGGGGGCCCAAAGGCUGGCCCCUCGUCGCCUGGGUCUUCACUUGGACAGAAGAGAAGGUCUUGGAAGUGGACGCCAACCUCGCGGCUUUUCGGCUGGCUGAGUUUGUCCACCGGCUGGUGGAUGCGCUGCAGGUGCUUGACAUGGCCCACAACGUUCUCAUCAACAUGGGCCGGAGGCAGGUCAUCGUCUUCCCACGGCGCACACUCUUCGAACAAAGCUUCGACGUGUCGCAGCUUCAGGUGUCUGGGCAUGAAACGCUCGGCUGGUGGGUGGUGGCGAAGGACUCUUCGGAUCUCGACGAGGCCCGGGCCCUGGAGCUCUUGGCCAAAGCCGCGCUGGACAAGCGCGGGCACCAGAAGGUCCUCCAGAUUUUGGAGUGGAUCGGCUGGCGCUUGCGCGAGGAGGCGAAGAUCGGAGACAGUUUUCCACUCUCCCUUGCGAAGAUCAUGUUCCGCUUUGCGAGCGUCGCAGCCGCCCUUUGCCUGGCCUUUCACGGAGCCGGCUGCUUCCUCCUCCCCAGCCAACUGGUGAAAUGCGCACCUCACAAAGAGCUGCGCGCGGAGGCGGGGCAGCCGAGCGUAUUAACGGGCACAUCCGAGCCUUUUCCUUGGAGUCCGCUGGUUGUCGGUGCAGCGUUUGGGCUGCUGAUUUCAGUGGCCACUGCAGCACCGGCCCUUGCCACGGAUUUGGAGAAGAGCCAGGCAUCCUUCCAAGGCAACUGCACUGCCUGCCACGUGGGCGGUUUGCUUGGCUUGCAGAAGAAGGAAUCCCUCGUCGAAUACCGAAAGUACGACGUCCAGGCCAUCAUCACCCGGGUGUCCGACGACAGGGGCACAACUCCUGCGGUCGGGGAGAAGAUGCGACCUGACAACUUCGAGGACGUGGCGAACUACGUCUACAGCAAAGCUGAUAAGUGGUGA